GGCUAUGGGUUCAACAUGGAUGAAGCAUCCGCUCAGCUUCGACGCCACCUCAAAUUUCGUAAAUUUUACGAUUUGGACAAUGCGGAGAAGAUUCCUGAACAUGAAAUACUCAAGCAAUACUUUCCAAUAGGAUUAGUUGGAAAAACGGGUCAGGAUAACACUCUGCUAGUGAUAGAAUGUGCCGGACGAAUUGACUUAGUAGGCAUUCUGAAGUCUGUGCAGCUUUCGGAUUUUCUUAUUCAAAGAUUCCGCUUGCAAGAAAAAAUGUUGUCCGCUAUGAAGCAACUUGAGGCAGAAACGGGGAAACAGGUGAGAUUUCUUCAUUACAUCUUCUCGUAA